AUGUCCGUUACCCGGAUGAGGAGUGGGUCCACCGCGUCAACUUCAUCCUCCAUAUCUGUUGACUCCCCCGGUCCAUCAUCUUCCUCUGCUUCCUCAUCUUCGCUCAACCUGCCUGAUUCCGAGAAGUCACCCCGCACCCUUCCCUAUCCCUUGGCAAGCCAGUCAGAUGAGACUGUUCGCGUCUCUCCUUCUCCGGAAUUCGUUCUUGCAUUACAUGACUUUCACCCUCAACACCAGAAUGCAACUUGUCUUUCGUUCCGAGCUGGGCAGGUGAUUCACGUCCUAAAUCGGGAUUCGAGUGGAUGGUGGGAUGGUGAGAUCAACGGUCAGAGGGGAUGGUUCCCCAGCAAUUACGUCAGUGCUGAUGAAAGAGUAAUUUCACUGACGGAGGAAGACCUACCUCAAUCACCUGCAUCUCGCCACGGACAUACUAUGUCCGCCGUAUCGGCGGCUUCUUGGGCUAGCGCCCCCUCACGUGGUUCGCGAAAGGACCACAGACCGUUGGUCACUGAAGCUCUUGGAUCGGACAUAACAUCAUACUGUCCUCCUCUUAUGGUCAAUCUUUUGCACAGCCUAUCCCUCCUCCAGAGUGCAGUUCGUUCCAACCGCAUCGCUCAUUUUCAGCCUUCCACUGCCUGUAUCAUAUCCUGUGUGCGGUACAUCCUGUCGUCGACAGAGUGUUUACCUAGGGAGGCACCGUUAUUAAAGCGCUUCCCCUCCCUCGCUCAGGAGCGGAAACAGAUUCUGUCCGUCCUUGCAGCCCUAGUAUCACAAGCUAAAAAGGCAUCGGAUGAGGCGCAGGAUGAAGAUUCACGGGAGACAGAAAUCGAGGGGAUGUUGAAAUUGGGCGGCCAGGUCUUCUCACAAGUGCGGCGAUUUCUUGCUGUUGCUGUGCAAUGUGGCAUCGACUUGCCGGAAAGGCGUCAGCAGGCUACCGAAGAAGCUAUCGCUAGCUCGCCUGGCCUACAGGGGCAAGCGAGCCCUGCAGAAACUGAUGACAGACGGAGAUUAGCUGCAUAUCGAGAUUCGGACUCUUCCGUUGCUCCCCUCCUGCCUCACAGAACGGUACUAUCCCGGUCGAAGAAGGAUCAGUAUCUCGUCUAUGAGCGUGUCGUUGGAAAGCAUAAAGCCGACAUGCCAUCCAUCAGUAGCAUUUCAUCGUCCUCGUCAUUUUCGUCUGCCGAGUCGCCGAAGCCACCAGCAAUGCCUCUUUUCCCAUCAGGACCCUCGACAUCUUCGGAGGUGAUGGAGGCUCUGAAAUUUACCCAUGAUCAGUAUCUAUCCACUAUUGCCGCCUUCAUCGGCCAUGCACACUCUCAUUCACGAUCAUCACAUGCUUCCAGCACGGGUCAGAUGUAUGAUCUCGUGCGAGAAGUGGUGGAGAUGGUGUGCAAGUUGCUCACUAUCGUCGAAGCUGUCAUGCGGCAUCCGGAAAUCCCAUCUCACAAGAUUGGGAACUUGAAAUCCGCAAAAGAGAGGUUGUAUACUGUCACUAGCUCCCUUGCCGAAUCCGUGCGGUUACUCACGGUGCCCCUUCCUCCCGACCUCACAGAGGAAUCCGAAAAGGCAUCCCUGAUACGAUCCGCUACAGCGGCAUGUAAAGCGGGCGCAGAUUGCGUUUCGGCUGUCAAAAUCUGCCUGAAUAGGGCUUCGGGAGAAAGACAGUUCAUCAUCCAAAUACCUACAACGUCCGAUUCGGACCCGGCGCCGUUCACCCCAAGCAAAUUUUCUCGUAGGACUGGUCAAACGCAGGCCCUCAGCUUGUCCACGGCUCAAAGUUUGUAUCACAACAGCAUCGACGAAAAUGAUCUCACUAUACAGGUUCUGACACCGGCUUCUCCCACCCCCAAUGCUCCUGGCCACCGAGGCAGACCUUCAGACACGUCCAAUGUCACGGCAACUUCUGAUUCAUCAGACGGUUCACAGGAGACUCAGCCGACAACACCAGAAGGCGGUCUAUUAUCUAUGAGUGACCCCGACUUGGUGAAGCCGAUGGAGCCUAUAUCAUCGCCUUCACCGGUAGUUGAUGAUGAACAUGCGGACGAACAACAGGAUCGCCAGACCAUUGACGCAUUUGAGGAGCGGUUGAUAAACGAUGAGCUUCCUGUCACACUACAAGUGAAGCGUGAUCCUCUUGGUCAUGACCACUCUACAAACGAUGUCGUCUACAACAAUGAAGGUCACCUGGUGGCAGCGACAAUGGAGGUGCUGUUCGAAAGGAUGACACCCCACGACAGCAUUGUAGAUCCUGCGUUCUCAGCAGUCUUCUUCCUCACCUUCCGCCUUUUCUCUACUCCCCUUGCACUCGUGGAAGCGCUCAUCAACCGCUACAAUAUCAUGCCUCCAUCCAAUCUUUCAGAAGAUGAAAUGUUGCUUUGGCAGCAGCACAAGGGCAUCCCAAUCCGACUGCGCGUAUCCAAUUUCGUGAAGACGUGGUUGGAGAUGUACUGGCGACCUGGGGUUGACGACGUCGCUCUCUCGCAUCUUUCAUCAUUCACAAAAGAUGCGCUCCUACAUUAUUUCCCUGCGCCCUCUCAGCGGAUUCUCGAUUUAAUUUCCAUGCGGCAAGACUCCAAUACCAGUCUUGUGAGCCCAAAGAGUGAACGUGUCCGCGAUCCUGGCAUGUCAAUCAAUCCUCCGUCAUAUUCACCGUCCGAGGUUCCACGACCAACGAUGACGAAGGCGUUGCUUGGCACACUUCGUGGAAAGAAUUUCGACACUGUUGCCAUUACUGAUUUUGACGCUCUAGAGUUGGCGAGACAACUGACGAUCAUGGAAUGCGACUUGUACUGCGCGAUCCAGCCCGAGGAGGUUCUUGAGACGGGACAGGAGGGUACAAAACCCCCUGUCAACGUCAGAGCUGUUUCUUCCCUAAGCACAGUCAUCACGGGAUGGGUGGCCGAGAACAUCUUGAACGAGCACGAUAUCAAGAAGCGGACGUUACUCGUGAAAUUCUUUCUCAAAGUUGCCGAUCGAUGUACUUCAUUGCACAACUUCAGCACUCCUCGGUCCAUCCUAGCGGCCCUUGAAUCUUCCACGAUAUCUCGGCUUCAUCAGACUUGGCUAGGUGUUCCACAAAAGAGUAAAAUGCAGUUGGACUCUUUGCGUCGAUUAGCAGAUCAUGGGCGGAACUACCAUCAGUACCGAAGUAGGCUUCGCAACAUAGCCCCUCCAGCAGUUCCAUUCUUAGGUCUUUACUUGACCGAUGUAACUUUCUGUCGCGAGGGAAACCCGUCAUACCGCGAGUCCCCUAAUGCACCAGGGAAGAAACUUCUUAAUUUCAACAAGUACCACAAGCUAGCUCGAAUUGUUCAAGACAUGCAACGUUUUCAAGUGCCAUAUAAUCUUAAGAAAAUUCCGGAGGUGCAGGAAUACCUGCAGAUGGCAUUUGAGAAUUCUAAGCACCACGGCGACCUUCAGGAUCUCUAUAGACGAAGCCUGCUUGUUGAGCCAAAACAACCUGCCGACACACCUCCUCCCAGCGAUAUGCGGCAAUUGUUCAACUGGGCGACACGCUCACAGGCACAACCACCCACAUCUACCUAA